AUGGGAAAGUUUAAUGGCCAUUUUUACCCAGGGUUAUAUAUUUUCUCUUAUGGACUGUAUCAAGCAAUAGUGGUCUCCAAGGCCAUGGUAUUCAAUGACUCACUCCAGUAUUUUUCAUGCCUUCCCAAAAAUAAAGGGAGAUGGGCCAAGCUGUGGAAAAUAUCCUAUGGAAGCUUGUUGAAGAUAGCGACUGGCUCCAUGUUAGCAGUUUAUGUGGUUUUCUGUCUUGAUGAUGGGAUGGUGCUGAUGAGUACACAGGUACCACCAAGGUUUGUCUACCCCAAAGAGUGGCAACACAUCACCAUGUUCAACCUCUUCAACCUCAGUGGCUGUGUAGAUGUCAUGAGCAGGAAUGUGCUGCCUCAGAGGUGUGUGGUAUUAGAAAAGGCUGCCAUGGUUCUGAGCUUUUACGAGCUCCUGCUGCUGCUGGUGUCACAUGCUAAGGACACAUCAGGGGUGGAGCUACACGUUCAUUCUCUGCUCAUCUUGGUGGUGUCACUGCUGACCCUGGUGUUGACCGCACAACUGUGGGCUUCAAGGAUGUUUCACCUCCAGCUCAUGGAGGCCUUUCUGUUUCUGAUGAUGGGCUCCUGGCUGACGCAGGCGGGUUUUAUUUUUAGACCAGUCUCUGGCUAUCCAUGGGAGGAUGAUGACAUCGGUGACCUCAAGUUUGUCACCACUUUUUUCUGCUGGCAUUUGAUAAUCAAUGCCUUGUGCCUAAUGGGAAUCUAUGGCUUCUCUUCCUUUUGGCAUCGUUGCUACAGACCGACCUUGAAGCCAAUGGGGUCCAAAGAAGCUUCCUACCACAAGAGCACUCCAGGACCCCUUUAUAGGCUGCUGCAGGAAGGGGAGCAGCUAAAGAAAGAUGACCAGGCUCUCCUCCUCCCAAAGAGCUCACCCUGUGACAGGGCCUAG